CGUCGGGGUUCCCGAGCGGGGCCCCGAAAGAGGAAGGUGCCAUCCGCAGUCAGUUGGUCGGUCAGUCAGUCAGGCAGGAGUGAGUAGGAAGGAAGGACCAAGGCUCCUCCCACCGGCGCUCCCCUUCGCCAGUUCGCGUAGUGCCUGCCCCGCCUCGGCUAAAACCCUAACCCCCUCUCCCCUCCUCUGCUACCCCCCCCCGCAAUCGUUGUCUCGUCAUCCGCCCCAAUUGGACCUGAGCCCAAGCCCGAGGCCGCAGGCAGACGGGUUGUCGAUGCCAUUGCAGAUUUGCCCCUGACGCAUCCCCCCCAAUCUGCGUUGCGUUGGCUUCUGCGUUUCGUGGAUAGGCGCUGCCAAGGUUUGUUCGCGAGAGUUUGAGGCGGAAUGGCGUCUCGUGUGCCAUGGCGUCGCAGUUUGUCGUUGCUCCAGCAGCGAUCGGCGCAGGCUCUUGCUGCUCCCUGUCCUCCCGCGCAUGGAUCGUCUCUGUUGCACCGGUUGACGGGGAGGGCUCUGUACAGCUCCAAGGGAGCGGGCAGCGAUGUCAUCGGUAUUGAUUUGGGUACCACGAACUCGUGCGUGGCCGUGAUGGAGGGCAAGAUGCCACGCGUGAUUGAGAAUUCCGAGGGUGCUCGCACGACACCAUCCGUGGUCGCGUUUACGCCGAAGGGCGAGAGGCUGGUUGGCACUCCUGCUAAGCGACAAGCCGUGACGAAUCCAACGAACACGCUGUUCGGCACCAAGCGCUUGAUCGGGCGUCCUUUUGACGAUCCCCAGACUCAGAAGGAGGCGAAAAUGGUGCCGUACAAGAUUGUCCGAGCUCCGAACGGAGAUGCGUGGGUGGAGGCUGGGGGGCAGAAGUAUUCUCCGAGUCAAGUGGGAGCUUUCGUUUUGGGCAAGAUGCGGGAGACUGCAGAGUCGUACUUGGGCAGGCCGGUGUCCAAGGCAGUGAUCACGGUGCCGGCAUACUUCAACGACGCACAGAGGCAGGCGACGAAAGACGCUGGACGGAUCGCAGGGCUGGACGUGCUGAGGAUCAUCAACGAGCCGACUGCUGCGUCGUUGUCGUACGGUAUGGAUCGCAAGGAAGGGUUGGUCGCGGUGUUCGACUUGGGAGGUGGAACAUUCGACAUUUCUAUUCUGGAGAUUUCUGGUGGCGUGUUCGAGGUGAAGGCCACGAACGGAGACACCUUCUUGGGUGGAGAGGACUUCGACAAUGCCCUCCUUCAUCAUCUGGUGGAUGAUUUUAAGAAGGAGCAAGGCAUCGAUCUUUCUUCGGACCGGAUGGCGCUUCAGCGGCUUCGCGAGGCAGCUGAGAAAGCGAAGGUGGAGCUGUCAUCUACCCCGCAGACCGAUUUGAACCUGCCUUUCAUCACAGCCGAUGCGUCCGGGGCGAAGCAUUUGAACGUGACGCUGACGCGGUCGAAGUACGAGCAGUUGGUGAACCACCUGAUCGAGCGCACGAAGCAGCCUUGCAGGGACUGCCUGAAGGAUGCAGGUCUGACCGCCAAGGACGUCGACGAAGUGCUGCUGGUGGGUGGAAUGACGAGGAUGCCGAAGGUCCAGGAGAUCGUGAACAACAUCUUCAGCAAGGAGCCAAGCAAGGGGGUGAACCCCGAUGAGUGCGUGGCGAUGGGAGCCGCCAUUCAAGGUGGGGUGUUGCGUGGGGACGUGAAGGACAUUCUUCUUUUGGACGUGACACCGCUGUCGUUGGGUAUCGAGACGCUGGGAGGCGUGUUCACUCGUCUGAUCACCCGAAACACGACAAUACCAACAAAGAAGAGCCAAGUGUUUUCGACGGCGGCGGACGGCCAGACGCAGGUGGGCGUGAAGGUCUUGCAAGGCGAGCGCGAGAUGGCAGCCGACAACAAGGUGCUGGGGCAGUUCGACCUGGUGGGCAUUCCUCCGGCUCCUCGGGGCAUGCCCCAGAUCGAGGUGACGUUCGACAUCGACGCGAACGGGAUUGUGAACGUGUCCGCCCGCGACAAGGCGACAGGGAAGGAGCAGGCGAUCACGAUCCAGUCUUCGGGCGGCCUGUCGGAGGCGGACAUCCAGAAGAUGGUGAAGGAUGCGGAGCUGUACGCACAGAAGGAUCAGGAGAGGAAGGCGCUGAUCGAUGCGAAGAACCACGCGGACACGACGAUGUAUUCGGUGGAGAAGAGUUUGAACGAGCACAAGGAGAAGCUUCCGCAAGACGUGGUGGAUGGAGUCCAAUCAGCGUUGGCCGACUUGAAGCAGUCGGUGGAGUCGGAGAACGUGGAGGAGAUCAAAGCAAAGACCAGCGCGGCUCAGACAGCGUCGAUGAAGAUCGGGGAGGCUUUGAUGAAGAACCAGUCGGGAGGGAGUUCCGGAUCUGGAGCGGCCGGUGGGCAAGCGGCGGAAGCCGAGUACGAGGACGUGAAGGAAGGGAAGAAGUAGGGGACGUGAGAGGCUAGUGCCGUAGGAAUACCCUGGUGCGCGUGCCAGGUAGCGAGAACUGGUGUGAGCCGCAAGAGUUUUCUCCCACCGCGUGAUCUACAUGUGGAGAGCUUUUUGAGCCAAGACGGUGCAAUUUUGGCGCGGUGAACGGGCGCACACCAGGGAAGCGCGUGGGGCAGAGAAGCCGGUGGAUAGACCAGGAUCGAGCGCUUUCGGGUGGCGGGCUUUCAGCACCAGUGUCUGCGUGGAUUAUGGUUUGGGCCGUUUCAGAGAAGUGCAUGGCGUCGUAGACAGCCGAGCAGAGUAUUAGAAGAGCCCCUGUUGUGGGGAGGAUGUAGUUCCGUGCGCCGGUCGUGUGCAAAACGAGAGUAGAGGUACAUGGAUGAGUUAAUCGACAUGGAAUCAUAGCUUAUUUCCUCUCUUCUGUCAAAUGCUGGUUCUGAGCAGAGCUGAGUUUUUUCCUUGUGGAAUGUGGAGGUUACUGUCGCACAUUUUUCGACUGGGUGGUGAUAUCUCUCGGAGCUGCGAGUUCUUUCGUUGAUAUGCAAUUUUUUAUUGGGACUUAAUAAUUACUCUCAUUUUGUUGGGAUUCUUCUCCGAA